AUGUCCAGAAAGACGGCUGAAGAUAUGCAAUGGCACAAAGAAGAUAAGUUUAAAGAUAAUAUAAUGAGGCAUCCUUGUGACUCAUUAGCUUGGAAGUCAUUUGAUGAUGAGUACACUGCAUUCGCUGGAGAAUCACGCAAUGUAAGGCUUGGAUUAGCCAGUGAUGGGUUUCAACCUUUUGAUAAUUCACAACAUAGUAUUUGGCCAGUUGUUCUUAUUCCAUACAAUUUUCCUCCGUGGAUGUGUAUGAAACCUCAUUCAUUCAUGUUAUCUUUACUUAUACCUGGACCUUCUAGUCCUGGAAGAAACAUUGAUGUAUACCUGCAACCUCUAAUUGAAGAACUCAAAGAGCUUUGGGAGGUAGGGGUUGAAACAUAUGAUGCUUUUUCUAAGGAGAAUUUCAAAAUGCAUGCGGCGGUUUUGUGGACUAUCAACGACUUUCCCGUUUAUGGAGAUUUGUCUGGAUGGACCACUAAAGGUCGUUUUGGAUGCCCUUGCUGCCAUAAGGAGACAAAAUACACAUCUUUGUUGAAUAAGGGUGGAUAUUUAGAUCAUCGAUGUUGGCUUCCGCUUAACCAUGAGUGGAGAAAAGAUGCUCGUUCCUUCAACAAUAAAAAGGAUAAAAGGCGUGCCCCAAUUGUGCUUGAACACUUAUCUCGUUUUGUACAAGAUAAGUUUGGAAAGGCUGCAACAAAAAGAAAAAGAAAUGCCUUUAACAGUUUGUAUGGUUGGCACAAAAAAAGCAUUUUCUUUGACUUGCCUUAUUGGAGUAAGUUAAAAAUCCGCCACAACUUAGAUGUAAUGCACAUUGAGAAAAAUGUCUCUGAGAAUAUUCUGGGUACCUUGAUGAGUAUAAAAGGCAAGAACAAAGAUACCACAAAGGCUAGAAUAGAUUUGAUGAAGAUGAAAGUCAGGGAUGAGUUGCACCCUAUGUUGGAUGGUGAUAAAGUACGUGUGCCCGUUGCAUGCUACUCUCUGAGUUCAACUGCCAAGGCUGCAAUAUGUGAUAUGCUUGCUAAAAUAAAAUCCCCGGAUGGAUAUUUAUCGAAUAUAUCUCGUUGUGUCAAAGAUAAUGGCCAAAAGAUUUCAUACAUGAAGAGCCAUGAUCAUCAUGUGUUCAUUGAGCAGUUGCUUCCCCUUGUGACUCGUGGUUUCUUGCCGAAACAUGUGUACGAGCCUCUGGUUGAGUUAAGUUCAUUCUUUAGAAACUUGUGCUCAAAGACCAUAACUGUUGAACAACUGGAAGCUCUUGAGAAAAAAAUUCCAUACACAUUGUGCAAGCUAGAGAUGGUUUUUCCACCGGCAUUUUUUGAUGUCAUGGUGCAUUUAGUUGUACACUUGGCAGCUGAGGCAAAGAUCGCCGGACCAGUUUGUUACCGUUGGAUGUAUCCUGUUGAGAGAGCACAUCCAGAAGGUUGUAUUGCUAAAGGUUAUCUUGCUGAGGAAUGUUUAACAUUUUGCUCAAGAUACAUGAGUGAUAUUGACACUAAGUUCAAUCGUAAAGCAAGAAACGAUGACUUAGAGGUUGAUGAUGAGGGUACUUCAGGAUCAAAUCUCGAGGUAUUUAGACCACUAGGACGUUGUCUUGGAAAGGGUGUUCCUGCACAUCUAUCUUUUGAGGAGAGCGAUCAAUUACAUUCCUAUAUUCUCCAUAAUUGCGAUGAGCUUCUCGAGUUUGUUGAAGUUGUGAGGCGUUAUAACGGAUACAUUGUAAAUGGUUAUAGGUUUCACACACUUGAUCGCUCAGAAAAUAGAAAAACUCAAAAUUGUGGAGUGAUGGUUCGAGGGGAUGACUCUUCGGAUAAAGAAUACUAUGGCGUUUUAAAUGAUAUAUUUGAGUUGCAUUAUCCAGGAGGAAACCGUGUUUUUGCUUUCAAAUGUAGAUGGUUUGAUGUAGGACACCAUGGUAGAGGGUAUAAAGUAGAUGAAUAUGGAUUCACUAGUGUGAAUAAGACGAAAUCUUUAAAGACAGAUGAAGUGUUUGUUCUGGAAUCACAAGUGGAGCAAGCAUUUUAUAUACAAGAUCCACAACAUGAAGAUUGGCAAUUCGUUAUAAAGGCUCAACCAAGGGAUUUCUAUAAUAUGCCAAGUGAUGACGGGGAUAAGCAAGAUUUGGAUACAGAAGAUGCAUAUCAACUAGUUGAGGUGGAGGCUAGUGUUGAAGAGCAAAGUAUUAAUCAUGUGGAUACCAAUUUCUCACUAGAAUCAUUAGCUACAAAUUAUUUUGUGAUCAAACGCGAUAAAAAAAUUGUGGAAAUGGUUAAAAACCUGAUCGGGGAAACCAUGUUAGAUGAUGACUUCAUCAAUGAUGGUGAAAUUGAAGAGUUUGAGCAUUCAAGUGAAGACGAAGAGUCAUUUAAUUCUUAUUGA